CACUGUUGCACCAGAAAACAAAGACGACCAAGAAGACAGAGCUAUUCUCCUUUCAUUAGAAAAUUAUACCCACCAAAAUGAGUCGCCGGAAUCGGAGUAACUCCGGCCACCGGAUUCCUCCACCUUCUUCAGAACCCAGGAAACCCCAAGAGCAGGAGGAGAAUUCGGUUGAAGAACUGCAGGUCCCAUCGCCGACCACCGCCACCACCAUUGAUGUUGAAAAAGAAACUGUUGAUGCUUGCGCCUCGCUGGAGGUUCCACCUUCUUCAGAACCCAGUAAACCCCAAGAGAUGGAGGAGGACCGGGUUGAAGAUAUGCAGGGUCCAUCGCCGACCACCACCACCAUUGGCGUCAAAACGGAAACUAUUAAUACCUGUGCAUCAAUGGAGGUUUCUGGACGUGAAAGACUAAAGAGACAUCGGACCGAGGUGGCUGGUCAUGUUUGGGUACCAGAUAUAUGGGGGCAGGAGGAUCUUCUGAAGGAUUGGAUCGAUUGUUCGGCUUUCAAUUCAUCACUUGUUCCCAACGGACUAAUGUCUGCGCGUGCGGCGCUGAUCGAAGAGAAUCGCCGAGCGAAUUCUGGUAGAUUGAGGAUAGAAAAUAGGUGUUAAAUCUUCUCUUUGUACGGCUUAAGCUUCAACUUUUGACCUAAUAAUCACUGUGUUUCUUCAAUUUCAUUGUUUGUUAGUACAGAAAAGCAAAUUAAGAUAUAUAAUUGUGUUGGUGUCUCUGUGUUCUUGCUUUUUCAUGGACACUCGAUGAUAUAGACGAGUCGUUUCCAGUUAUCCAUGACUUAAUGGUCAUUGCCUUA